CUGUCAUUUCUCUAUCUUUCCUCUCUUUUUCUUCUCUUUCUUUAUUUCCAAAACAAUUCCUGUGUUUUUGGAUAUCUGAGCUGAGCGGUGGUCCGUGAACGUCUCAUCGGCUUCCAGGGAGUGGCCGGUGCACCUGUCCGACCUGUUUGGGGGACACAUGACUCCGUAGGAAUUUCGCCUUCUCCUGUCGUCCUUUGUUUAACGGGAGUCUUGUCGGCGGAGGACAGAGGGAGAGAGUCAGAGGAGAGGGGGGAGAAAGACAGAAGACAGAGGGAGACAGAGAGAUGUCGGAACCAGCCACUAAUCCCGCUGCCACCUCGUUCCCAGCUCCAACUAUUUCUUUACCUUUGGGACUCGAAGUAUUACGGACUUACUCAGGAGCCCUGGUCUGUUUAGAGAUAAUAUUUGGUGGUUUAGUAUGGAUCCUGGUGGCUUCCUCCAACGUGCCAGUGCCUUUGCUGCAGGGCUGGGUGAUGUUUGUCUCCCUCACCACCUUCUUUCUGUCCUCUGCCUACCUCACGCUCCUCAUCACUGGCCUGGCUGAUCGUAUCAACACCGACUGGAACGCCUUGGAUGUGGUUUACCAUUUCGUAGCUUUGCUCUUCUACUUUGGUGCCUUUGUGUUAGAGGCAGCAACUACAGCAGCGAAUGGAGGAGCUCACGCCAUGUUCAAGCCGCUGCCGAACAGCACUGACACUAUGUUGUGUAUUACGCAUCCUCGGGGCAACAUUUUCACUGUCCUGAGUGGAAAUCAAUACAGUAUUAAUGUGGCAGCUACGAUAUUUGCAUUUGUGGUGACACUCUGUUAUGGUUGCAGUAUGGUGAUGGGCUUCAAGAGAUGGAGACUGUAACCUACGACACCAAAAUAAACACAUUUUACAACUUCUCCAUAACUUAAUGCUAUAUUAAGUCAACAGUCACAUUUGGGAUUCCAUAGAGAGCACUGCUUCUGUUUAAAGUCAAAGAAAAACUGAAAAGUCUAAAAUUCUCAUUUCAGGACAGUAAUACUAUCACAGACAUAAGAAGUGAGUUCUCCUUGUUCGUGUUUGUAAUAACUGAGCCUCAACACCAUUUGGCAGAAUAUACUGUAAUUCUGAGUGAUAUUCUAGUGGCUACUGCGUUCCGUGUUUCAUGUUCCAUGUUUAACAUCUUUUGCAAAUGUCUGUGAUGGUCAUCGGAGGAAGGUUGUCAGGGAACGUUGCAUGUACAUUUAAAGCUACUUAGCAGUAAUUAUUUUUAUGUGACGUUUGAAGUUUCUUCCUCCAUUCCCCUGAUUUUUGAAUCCAUAUUGAUAGACAUAGUUCCCAUUUCCAUCACUGCACAAACAUGCUGCUCUUUUGUUAAUACA